CCCUCAUCAGACCGUCAACCAGAAAGAGGACCCAUGGCUGUCUAGCUUCAGUGGAGGCGGUAGUACUCAUCAGUCUCUCAUAUGUAAGAGCUGUACUCAUUUCACUCCUUGCACAAUCGCCAUUACCGCAAAUCUUUGGGCUUCAUCGGUGUCAAAACAGCCAGCCACGCAAGAGAGCCAAAGAAUUGAACACAUCUCGCCAUUGAGGAUCCGCAGCCAUGUCGACACUCGCCCAACCGUGGCUCCCGCAGCCAUACCAGCAGCUCAGCUUCACACCUGCGCCGAUGUGGGAUCUCCCCUUUCCUUUGGCGACGGACAACGCCCAGUACCCUACUUGUCUCCAGACCCCGGCGAUUGAAUCUCCCAUGGUCGGAAAUCAGCCAAGCAGGUGUCCCUCAACCUUCUUGCCGACGGAUUCCCCGUCAUUCAGCCAAGACCCUGCAGGCGCGGCGUUCCCUGCUGUCCUUGCACCCGUUCUGUCAGACCAGCGCAUUUCUCAGAGUUCCUCUCAGCAGACUCAGGCUCAACACACUGCAGAGACAGUGUCUCCGUCCGCGCCAGCUGGGGAACCAACCAGCGGGUACUUUGACGAUGCAGCGCCACCCCCCGCCAAACGACGUCGAGGUCGCCCCAGGAAGCCAAUCUCGUUCAGCAGCGAUGCCGGUUCUCUGUGUUCCGACGCACUCCCCGCCGACAGGCACGAGCGCAGGCGUGUGCUGGAGCGCAACCGGCUCGCGGCCACCAAGUGCCGGAACCGCAAGAGAGACGAGGCCAAGGAUCUCGAGGCGCAGGAGCAGGAAGCAGGGGAGCGACACCGCCAUCUCACGGCCACGGUCGCCCAGCUGCGUACCGAUCACGUGGAUCUCAAGACGCAGCUCCUACGCCACACCGACUGCCAGUGCGUCGUGAUUCAAAAGUACAUUGCGCACCACGCGGAGAAGGCCGUGGGCGAGCUUACUACCGAGUCACCCUCGCAGAGCAUGCCUCGUCGUGCGUCGACCAAAUCGGAUGAGGCGGGCGACGUGCACGCGCUCUGGUUCGAGAGUCUACCGUCCCCGAUGUCCCAGCACAACCCGAUGCAGGCGGGCACUGGCUUCGUUGACCCGUAUACGACGCUGCCAUCGCAGCCGCACAUGGUGGACACGCCACCGCUGGCUUGGCCACCUGAAGAACAGCAGCAUCACAUGCACGCCAUGAUGGGCGUGGUGCCCAUGCAGCAACAAGGAUAUUGGGCGAAUUGGGCACAAUAGAUCUUGGACGUUAGGCAACAUGAAGUGUGUGCAACGUCACUGGUCAGUUCGAGACGUUCAAGCGAGUGGUUAGAGCAAAAAAAAAAAACAAUCAAAGAU